ACCGACUCAUCACGCGGAGUUCUGUUGAGCACGAAGUCAAAUUCCGAUCCCAAUAAUCAACUCCUUGUUUACUUGAAUGGCACCUCGUUGGGAGUUAUUCUGAGGCACGAGUCUGGCGAGAAUGUAUUCAACUGGGGAUCGGGAAUUUCGGACAAUCGAUGGCAUUUUAUGCGAUUGAAGCGCCGAGGCGAAAAGCUUCUGCUGUAUUUCGACGGAAAAUGGCAACAGAACAAUUUCUUGCCUAUGCUGAUCGUCCUGAAAAUCGAUGAAAUAUCGUGUGGUGUAGGGCUUCGGAAGGGAAGUGGCACAUUAGCAGAGCCGUUUCGAGGAGCAGUCUCGCGGAUGAUGUUCAAUGGCAUCGAUUUGUUGGAGCGGGCGAAACGAGAAGGGAAGCUGAGCAAAGAGAGCAAAGGACUGAGAAAUAUCCUCGACCAGUCAUGCGCGUCCGUGAACACAACUGGUUAUGCUGUGCUGUCAAAUAGAGUAGCCUCGUCACUUACGGGUUCAUUUCGAGUGUCUUUCAAAUUUCAAACUCUCAUUGGUAAUGCCUUAUUGUUUGCCUCAUAUUCUGCCGACAAAGACACCUCGCUCGUCAUUGAAUUAGUGAACGCUAGGAUACGAUUUUCAUAUAAAGAGGGCAAUGACGUGAUGCUGAUCGAGUCACCCGUGUUGCCGAACCGCCAGCACUUGAGUGACAUGCGAUGGCACACAUUGCUUUUCUAUCAG